AUAUCAAACGUGUGUGCGUCUUAACUAUUUUUUUCGCUUUCGCGUUAGGUAACGAACUGCAAUUAUCGAAUCAGGGCGAAUGGAAAUGCGGUAUAACCCGACCGCCUCAAUCGCGUAUCGUAGAUGGUCGCGAAACGUUUUUGGGAUCGCACCCUUAUAUGGUUGCGUUAAAAUAUUGGAUCGCAUGGAGGUUCGGCAUGGGUUGCGGUGGUUGUUUAAUAUCCAAUACGUUUGUUGUGACGGCUGCCCAUUGCGUUGUGGACACACUUGAAGGAAGCUACUUUAAGCCACGUUUAUGGGCAGUGCGAGUUGGUGCCUGCGAUCUCGCGAAUCCAUUUGAAAAGAUUAUAGAGUACGGUAUAGAACAAGUUAUUAUGCAUUCCAAAUUCAAUAGACGUAUUCUAGCAAACGAUAUAGCUCUGAUUAAAACAAAUAUGCCCAUCAGUUUUAACGCUCAUGUUUCCCCCAUCUGUCUACCUACAGAUGCAAUGUUUUUUAAUCAAGAUUUUGUGGGUAAGCCUGCUGUAGUGCUCGGUUGGGGUCGCACGCGUUAUGGAGGACCGCUUUCGCACGUCUUAAAGGAGGCUAUCCUGCCCAUUGUAAGCUUGGAGAAAUGUCGCAAAAGUUAUUCAACUGUAUUCAGAGGCUUCGAACUUACCGAUGGGGUAAUAUGCGCAGGUAAUGGUAGUGCAGAUGCUUGCCAAAGUGAUUCUGGCGGUCCUUUAAUAUUUCAAGAGAAUCGUGACGGUGCUUUGGUUUCUAGCUUAGUGGGCAUUGUUUCAUUCGGUAAAGAAUGCAAUAACCCUGAAUAUCCUGGCGUAUAUACGCGUGUCGUUUCUUAUAUGGAUUGGAUUUUAAAUAAUACCGGUUUAGAAAUGUUGCGCAUGUUUUUUGUUAAUUUAUUCAAAAAUAUUAUCGUUUUAUUAAUAUUAAAAGAUCUUGAUACAUUUGCACAGCAUAUUAUCAAUUAUCGCGAACACUUUUGCUAUACGCCUAGUGGCGAAAUAGGCGCUUGUACAUCUUUAAAGUAUUGCCCCGAAAUUGUGAAUUUAUUCACCAGAGUUCAUCCAAACAUGGCCAAACGGUAUUCAAUGGAAUCGCAACGUGUUUGCGGUAAUCAAAUCACUCCAGAUCAGUAUCCCUUGGUAUGCUGCACGAUAAUUGUUAAAAGUAAUAAUAAUGAGGAUCUUACUGUAACAACUCCUACAACUACAACUACGACUGCAACUAGCACAACUUCAUCAACGACUACUACCACCAAAAAACCAAAAAACGAUAGUAGCAGUCGAUCCAUUGCUAAUGAAACAUAUACCUCAUGUGAUACACCGGAUUUUCAAAGCGGUUUCUGUAAACCGUUAGAAAAUUGCCCGGAAUUAUUUAAUAAACUACGUCGAAAUUCGGAAGAUGAAGAAUUUAAGAAAUAUCUAAGAUUAUCGCAUACUCUAUGUGGGGAGGAAAAGACGAUAGUGUGCUGUCCAGAGAUAAAUAUUAAGAACAUUCUUAAUAAUCGGUACAAUAAUGCUAGUCAACGUUACAAUAAAUUGCCGAGCGAAGAGGAGGGUUGCGGUCUUGUAAAUCUAAGUACUACGAAAAUUGUUGACGGUGACGAUAGCGAAAUUGGCGCCUGGCCUUGGAUGGCCUUAAUCGGUUACGAUCCUUGGAGUGUCCGGCCAUUUAGAUGUGGCGGUACUCUAGUGUCCGCUCAACACGUCAUUACUGCUGCCCAUUGUAUACGCCAUGAUUUAUCAUUUGUUCGAUUGGGCGAAUACGAUUUGACAAAUGAAACGGAAACCGAACACAUGGAUGUAAACGUUGUAAAGUAUUCUAUACAUCCGCAAUUUGGUAAAAACCGACGUUCGGAUAUGGCUGUGUUGUUGUUGGAAAAAAUUGUUACUUUUUCGGACUUAAUUGCUCCGAUUUGCAUGCCAACGUCUAGUCAUUUACGCUCGAAAUCUUACGUUAAUACAAUGCCAUAUGUUGCUGGUUGGGGUUACACCAGUCAAGGUGGUGCAACAUCGCCUAUCCUAAAACAAGUUCAGCUGCCAGUUCUCGAAAAUGAGGUCUGUCGUCGAAUUUAUACUACUUUAAUGCCUCAUUCGUCAGCACAGGAGUAUGAUGAAUCAGUGAUUUGCGCGGGUUUUGUAGUGGGUGGCAAAGAUACAUGUAAAGGUGACUCAGGUGGCCCUUUAAUGAUACCGGAGCUUUAUAAAGGCAUAACACGUUAUUACUUAAUUGGAGUUGUAUCCUAUGGUCAUGGCUGCGGUCAAGCUCCUGGUAUUUAUAUAAGCACUCAAUAUUGGAUGGAUUGGAUUAUAGAACAGAUAUCGACCAUGUGAUUA